AGACUCGUUAACUGCUUGAACUCGAUGUAAUUAAUUGUGUUAUCUUGAAGAAGGGUCCGUUCUACUAUUUGAUUUCAUGAAUGAGUGUCACUAUGAUGUGAGUCUGUCACCAUAACAUACCCACCUUCCUUGUUCCUUUCCAACUCUUUCUAAUCCCACCUUUUCAAUUACUUACCCCAAAAACAAGUUGUCUAUUGCAUAUAGCUGUCUUGAGGGAACAAGGCUCUACAACAUGGGAGUUUGUUUGAGUGCUCAAAUCAAAGCUGAAAGUCCUUAUAACACUGGGUUAAAUUCAAAGAACUCUAAUUCAGCUGGAAAUGAUCUGAGCAGUACAAAUAGUAAGGUUUCAACUGGAUCAGUACCUCAGACUCCUCGAAGCGAGGGUGAGAUCUUGAAAUCAACCAAUGUAAAGAGCUAUACCUUAGCAGAACUUAAGUCGGCCACUAGAAAUUUUCGUCCGGAUAGUGUGUUAGGAGAAGGUGGUUUUGGAUCAGUUUUUAAGGGAUGGAUUGAUGAGAAUUCAUUGGCACCUGCUAAACCUGGUACUGGCAUUGUUAUUGCUGUUAAAAGACUUAAUCAAGAAAGCUUCCAGGGUCACAGGGAGUGGUUGGCUGAAGUCAACUAUCUUGGACAGUUUUCUCAUCCUCAUUUGGUGAGAUUGAUUGGUUAUUGUCUUGAAGAUGAACACCGCCUUCUCGUCUAUGAGUUUAUGCCCCGUGGAAGUUUGGAGAACCACUUGUUCAGGAGAGGCUCGUAUUUUCAACCUCUUUCUUGGAGCCUCCGUCUGAAGGUUGCCCUUGAUGCUGCAAAAGGGCUUGCAUUUCUGCACAGCUCUGAAACGAAAGUGAUAUAUAGAGACUUUAAGACUUCAAAUAUCUUGUUGGAUUCUGAUUAUAACGCAAAGCUUUCUGAUUUCGGGUUGGCAAAGGAUGGUCCAACAGGUGACAAAAGCCAUGUCUCUACCCGAGUAAUGGGAACCUAUGGGUACGCGGCUCCUGAAUAUCUAGCCACAGGUCAUCUUACUACUAAGAGCGAUGUUUAUAGUUACGGAGUUGUCCUGCUGGAAAUGUUAUCUGGUAAGAGGGCAGUUGACAAGAAUAGACCAUCUGGACAACACAGCUUGGUGGAAUGGGCUAAACCGUAUCUCGCUAACAAACGUAAGGUUUUCAGUGUGUUAGACAGCCGACUCGAAGGACAGUAUUCAUCAGAUGAGUCCUACAGGGUAGCCACACUUGCUCUGCGAUGCCUAUCAACAGAAUCCAAGUACAGGCCCAACAUGGAUGAAGUUGUUAGAAUAUUGGAGCAGCUCAAGGUUCCUAAUGUGAAUGUAGGCAAUCAAAGGCGUUAUCGGAGAAAAAGUGCUGAUGAUGUUACCCAUGCAAGGACUCACAAAAAAUCUUGUGCGAGUGCGAGAGCUCACACAUCUUAUCCCCGUCCUUCAGCAUCUCCUCUCUAUGCUUGAAAUUGAAGAUCCGCAACCUUCAAACUUGGCAGAACUGAAUGUCCUGUGGCCAGACCAGGGAAAGCACCGUGCAUCAUUUGCUGGCGAUCUUGUUCAUUAAUACAUGCACCUCUUUAGCUAAUAGACUGUACAUAUCAUAUUUGCGCUAAUAUAUUCAGAACCAAGCUUCUCUUAACAUUUCCUGGUGAGAUUUGCUAAUGUUCAACAAUUAAUAUUGAGUGUAUUCUGAGCUAUGUAGCACCGACACUUCACAUUAAAGGCUGUCUGAGAGAUGUCAAGUGUUUAACAUGACACCAACAUAUGUGUGGUUACAUUUACUUUUUCAAUCUUCUCAAAUUAUUGUCAGUAUCAACAUGUCAAUACUGACAACAAUUUGACAUGUCAAUGUUGUGUCCAUGUAUAUGUAUGUGUCUGUGUCAACGCUUCAUAGAUUUUGUUUGAGUUCUAUCAAAUGUUUGUAACUGCUAAAAGUAGUUGGGAACGGAAGAGAAGGUACUUUUGUAUAAUUGCUAUGGUUAGCUCAUUUUUUGUUAUAGUAUUUAUUGGGCUGGUGUGGUUUUUCCUAAUCUAUUUUGUAA